AAUAAUUUCUGUAACAAUUACAAGUACAAUUUGAUAUGAAAAGGCAAUAUAAUCAAUAAUUUCAGCAAUUAACAAUCAAACUAAAUAUAAUUGUGAAAGUGUGAAGGUGAAAAAUGUCAGAGACUAAAGUUAAUCGUCCUUUGAAAGUUUUAAUUUCAGCAAUGAAUGGCAUUGGUCAUCUAAAUGCCUGCCUUGGGAUUGGAUCAUUGUUAGUUAAACGAGGACAUGAUGUUUACUUUGCUCAUUAUUUGCCAAGUAAAUCAUCAAUUGAAAAAAAUGGUAUCAAAUUUAUAUCAUUAGCUGACCAUCAACAUCCAGAUUAUAAGGUAUUCAAUGAGCUACCGGCUGCCCCUCAUGUUUUUGAGGAUAAAAUCGCUAAUUCAAUGAAAUAUUCACCAUUGGAAAUGGUCAGCGAUGAGACUAUUGCUCGAGGUGAAAACUUGGGCUGGAUUAUGCUCCUCGAACUGUCCAAAGGUGAAAACUAUUCAAUGUUAAACAUCAUUGACCAAUUGAAACCGGACAUUUGUUUAGCUGAUUAUCUUUGGGUUAUGCCUUGGAUGGUUAAAGUUAACCUACCAGUGGUACCCGUUAUGUCAAGCUCACCAAAUGACCUUUACUAUGGGCCACCCUUAAGUUCAGGCUAUUCGAUGUAUGAUUCACCUAAAUUAUGGGAUGAAUAUCGGACAUUGGCCAGUAAAGGUCAACUUGAAUUUGAUGAGAAAAGGAAAAAAUUGUUUGAAUUUUUCAAAGUUGAUUAUGUUUCUCGGACUUUUGCCAAACAAUUAGGUGUCUACAUUUAUCCUGGACCUUUGGACUAUCACGAAUUGCAACUAGUUGAUAAAAAUUGGGUUCGACUUGAUUCCGCAGUUCGUAUUCCCGAAACAAGUGAUUUCCAUGUUCCUGAGAAAAUCGCCAAUCUACCCGGUCGAUUGAUCUACAUUUCUAUGGGCACUUUGGCCUCAAUGGUACCGAAAAUGUUGAACAUUAUCCUCGAACCAUUGGCCAAUAUUCCUCAUCGAUUUAUCGUAUCCAAAGGUUCUAAUGGUGAUUCGGUUAAUCUACACGACAAUAUGUGGGGCGAUAAGUUUGUUGAUCAAGUUGCGAUUUUACCGAAAGUCGAUCUAUUCAUUACUCAUGGUGGUUCUAAUUCACUGAUCGAGGGUCUCGUCGCGGGUAAGCCGUUGAUUGUAAUUCCACAAUUUGGUGAUCAACAUAACAAUGCUCAGCGAAUUGUUGACCUUAAAUUGGGUUCCAAGGUUAAUCUAUGGGAAUUUAGUGGAGACAAAUUAGUCAACCAAAUCGAUUAUGUUCUCAACAAUGAAGAGAUUAAUCAAAAUGUUCUAAAGGUAUCAAAUCAAUUGAAGAAUUCAGAUUCUUCGGAUAAAGUUUGUUCAUUGAUUGAAAAUCUUGCGAAGAGUCAAAAUUCAUCAACAUCUAAUUGUUGACAAUGAUUUUAGAAUUAUUUAUAAUUAGUGAAUAUUAAUUAUCGAGAAAUUAAGUGGAGUGAACAUGGAUCGUAAUUCAUUUGAAUUGUUUGUUAUGCGAAUUAAUCAGGAAAGUUACAGUUUCGAACUGAAUUAAUUUACCUGACUAGGUCAUUCGGAACUUAAAGAUCAACAUGACAUUUGUCAACAAUCAACUGAUUGUAAUGAUAACAAUUAAAUAAACAUAAUCCUUUUCUCUCGACUGUUA